CCCGCCGGAUCUUCCUCGCCUCCCUUACAGCAGUUCAGCGAAGCCGCCGCCUUCUCUCUCCGUUCAGUGCUGCCGCCGCUGUCUUUCUUCCGUUUGUGACUUCAUCUUGUUAUCGUAAAUGUCGUAGCUUGUUUUAUUAGGGUUCAUAAACUGCCCCCAAACCCACCUAUUUUUGGGUUGAUUCGUAAAAUUUCUCCAAAUUGACCCAAUCCAAUCUGUGUACAGUUCUACUUCGGCCCAUUAUUUAUACCCAAAAAGUAACGGAAGCUUUUUGCCCAAGCAUAUUUAUGGUCGUUUCUCUCGCGGUUUUCUCUCUGAGUCCUGCCUUUUCAUCUCUCGCCCACCGCCAGCCCGCUAUUUCUCUUCGUACACAACUUCGUGAUUGUAGGAAACCACUAUGAAGAGUGUGCUGGCAAUUACCGAUGAUGCCGUUCUGGCUACAAGCGUUGUUAUUAAUGCUUCACAAGAGCUUGGGAAUGAAUAUGUUGAAAACUGUGAUUCACAAAUAAUCACUCAAGCCUUUUCUCUAAAUAAGCUGCCUCUCGGAGCAUCAUCCGUGGAUGUUGUCAUUUCUAUCUGUAGAUCUGAUUUUCCAAGUGAUCGGUUGUGUGAGGAAAUCUCAAGAGUUCUGAAGCCUGAUGGGACGAUCCUUAUUUACAAGACUUCACAAUCUGUUGCAGUUGAGAAAGAUGAGUCCUCUGCUAUGGUGAGAAGAUUACUUUUGACAGGCUUUCUAGAAGCUCAAGUAACAGAGAAGAAAUUAGCUUCUCCAUCUGAUAUAGAGAAUUUCGUGAUAAGAGCGAAAAAGCCUUCUUGGAAGAUUGGCUCCUCUUUUUCUAUUAAGAAGUCUGCAAAAAGCUUACCAAAGAUUCAGCUUGAUGAUGAUUCUGAUUUGAUCGAUGAAGAUAGUUUAUUGACUGAAGAGGAUUUGAAGAAACCCCAGCUGCCGUCAGUUGGUGACUGUGAAGUUGGCAGCACAAGGAAAGCUUGCAAGAACUGCUCUUGUGGUAGGGCUGAAGCAGAGGAGAAAGUAGAAAAACUGGGAUUGACUCCAGAUUUGUUGGAAAAUCCUCAAUCUGCAUGUGGAAGUUGUGGACUCGGAGACGCUUUUCGGUGCAGUACAUGCCCAUACAAGGGUCUUCCAGCAUUUAAACUUGGGGAGAAGGUAGGCAAAAGCUUGAUAACUCUCUUCACCUUUUAACGUAGUUUUGAGAUU